CACUUGUGACUUAAUAAAAAGUUGCUUAAGCACUUAUAAGUUACUUUAUUUAAUUAUGUCUAAUUAAAUUAUCUAACGCUAAUUCGCCUAAUUUCGUUAAUAACAAUUAAAAUUUUUUAUGGUCUAAAUUUAUUUGGAAUGGAACAGUGCUAUAUUAAAAACACACUUGUUUGGCUUUUUGUUGAUAAAAUCAAACAACCAGCUACAGUUAUAGAAAAUAAAAAUGGAAAAAUAAAGUUUCAAACAAAUAAUGGAAAGUAUUAUGAGUAUUCAUUGUCAACUGUUAAUCACCAACUUGCUACUCCCAUGCAUCAGUCUAGUAUAGAUGGAGUUGAAGACAUGGCAAAACUUGGUGAUUUACAUGAAGCUGCCAUUUUGUAUAAUAUUCAACAAAGAAUUCGCAGGAACCUAAUAUAUACUCACAUUGGUUCCAUCUUAGUGGCAGUAAACCCUUAUAAAGUUAUACCAGGUGUAUAUGAAACUAACAAAAUGCAAGAGUACAACAAUAAAUAUCUUGGAGAUCUGCCACCUCAUAUUUACGCAAUUGCCAAUGAAGCUUAUUAUGCAUUGUGGAGAAAAGGAGGUAACCAGUGUGUCUUAAUCAGUGGCGAAUCGGGUGCUGGAAAAACAGAAUCUACUAAACAUAUUCUUGGAUUUCUUUCUGAAAUGAGUCGUAACCUAUCUGAUGAAAAAAAUCUUAUAUCAGAGAAAAAAAAUGUUGAAGAAGUGAUCAUACAAAGCAGUCCAAUACUAGAAGCCUUUGGAAAUGCCAAGACAGUUUAUAAUAAUAAUUCGAGUCGUUUUGGAAAGUUUAUGCAACUUGAUUUUUCAAAUAAAGGAAGUAUCACUGGCGGAACAAUUAUAGAUUACCUUCUAGAAAAGAACCGUAUUGUUCGACAGAAUCCAGGUGAAAGAAAUUUCCAUAUUUUUUACUCAUUGUGUUUAGGAACAUCACCAGAGCAAAAAGCUCUAUUCACGAUCAAUAAUCCUGAUAAAUAUCAUUAUUUACAACAAAGUGGUUGCAUAGAAGAUCCAACAAUUAAUGAUAAAGAAAACUAUCAAAGUAUAAUUCAUGCCAUGAAAGUGAUUGGUCUAUCUAAUGAGCAAAUAAGCAAUAUUCAUUAUGUUCUAUCCAGUAUUUUACAACUAGGAAAUAUUACAUUCAUACAUACAGGCGGUGCACAGAUUAGCAACAAAAAUGAACUUGAAAGACUUUCUACUUUGCUACAAAUCGAUAUUUAUUUGUUAAAUGAUGCACUGACACAAAAAAGUAUGAAUUUACGUGGUGAAGAAAUUUUUAGCCCACUUAGUGUUGAACAAGCUGUUGAUGCAAGAGAUUCAAUUGCCAUGGCAUUGUUUCAAGCAUGCUUUAAAUGUAUAAUUCAUAAUAUCAAUUUAAGAUUGAAAGGAGAUCAGACGUUUUCUUCAAUUGGGAUUUUGGAUAUAUUUGGUUUUGAGAACUUUCAGAUUAAUCGAUUUGAACAGUUUAACAUAAAUUUUGCAAAUGAAAAGCUACAAGAAUACUUUAAUAAACACAUAUUUUCAUUAGAACAACUUGAAUAUAACAGGGAAGGUUUAGAAUGGACUGAUAUUGAUUGGAAUGAUAAUGGUGAAUGUUUAGAUCUUGUUGAAAAAAAACUUGGUAUACUUUCUCUUAUUGAUGAAGAAAGCCAUUUUCCUAAAGGUACUGAUGAAUCUCUGUUAAAAAAGCUUCAUGAAAAUCUAGCUAAUAAUAUUUUUUAUAUUAAACCACGUGUGGCAAAUAGCAAAUUUGGUAUCAAGCAUUAUGCUGGAGAGGUUUUUUAUGAUUGUGUUGGAUUUUUGGAAAAAAAUCGCGAUACAUUUAGAGAUGAUCUUUUGCGAACAAUAAAAGAAAGCAGAUCUGAUUUUAUUUAUGACUUGUUUGACAAAUGGAAAAGUGAAGAUUUAAGUAGUAAUACAAAAAAUGCAUUAAAUAAGAAACCACGCAAGCCUACAGUCAGCUCACAAUUUAAAGAUUCUUUGUUUUCUUUAAUGUUGAAUUUGAAUAGUGCAAAUCCUUAUUUUGUUCGAUGCAUAAAACCAAACAAUGUCAAGACAAAAGAUUUAUUUGAUGAAGAAGUAGUUCUUAAUCAGUUAAAAUAUUCUGGUAUGUUGGAGACUGUGAAAAUACGCAAAGCAGGAUUUCCUGUUCGUCGUUUGUAUGAAGACUUUAUGAGAAGGUAUCGUGCAUUGUUCUACAAAAUAAAGUUUAAGAUGUUAGUUGAUGCAAAAGAUAAUUGUAUUCUUAUUUUGACUCAGUUCGACCCAUGUCGUGAACUUCAUCGUAUUGGAAAAACAAAGAUAUUUUUAAAGGAUAAACUUGAAUCUGAAAUUGAAAUCCAUCGAACAAAAAAUAUAAAUUAUGCUAGUGCACUUAUAUUAAAUCAACUAAUUGGAUAUCAAACUCGUAAAAAAUUUCUUAAAAUCAAACUUUCAGUCUUGGUCAUACAGAAAUAUUAUAAGGCUCAUUACUAUCACAAAAAGUUUGUAAAUAUUAAGAAGGCUGCUCUUGUGAUUCAAAAAUUCGAACGAGGUCGACAAGCUCGAAAACUAUAUGUAAACAUGUUAGAACAAAAACGUAUUGAAGAAGAAAGAAUACGUGAAUUGGAAAGACUCAGAGAAGAAGAGCAUUUAAGAGAGAUGGAGAAAUUAGAACAAGAAAGAAAAUUACAUGAACUUGCUGAAAUGAAAGUAAAGAGAGAAGAAGAGGAAAGAAUUCGCAUGGAACAAGAAGAAGAAAAACGAAUCAAAGAUGAGCAGCAGCGACAAGCUGAGUUAGCCAAGCUCAAAGUAUUAGAGGAAAAUAGAAGAGCACUUGAAGAACAAAAAAGACAAGAGGAGGAAGCAAGAAUAAGAGAAGAAAGCAAAAAGCGUCUUGAACAAGAAGAAGCUAAGAAGCUUAAAGAAGAAACAGAAGCUCAGGAGCUACAAAAUGAACUGGAGAGACAAGACAGAAAAGCUACUGAAGAUGCCCUUCGAGAAAUGGCAGAGCUUGAUGCUCAACUACAGAUAGAAGAAGCUCUUGAUGAAGAAGAGGACAUUGAUGAUGAUACUGUUGCGCGUAUGAUAAAUUUUAAUGAAGAUGCCUCUGUUGUUGAUUUGGUAACAUAUGAAGGAUACCUUUCACUUAAAGGGGGAAUCAUUGCUAAUGCUAAAAAACAUUGGUGCGUUCUUAAAGAUGAUACUUUGAUGUGGUUUCGUGGAAAACAGAAAGCUUUAAAAAGUGGUUGGUUGCUAAAGAAAGGAGGUGGAAGUGGUACUUUAUCUCGGCGAAAUUGGAAAAAGCGUUGGUUUAUCUUGAAAGAUACUUUGCUGACAUAUCAUGAAAAUGAUCAAGAAGGUGCCAAGGUUUUAGGAACAAUCGACUUGAGAAGUUGUCGGCAAAUUGUGGAUAGCAAUCAAAAGGAAAAUGCCUUCAGUCUUGUGAUGCCGUCAAGAACAUAUCAUUUUGUUUCUGAAAAUCCUCAAGAAUGGGAUGAUUGGUUUGGAAUUUUAAAUCGAGUACAUAGAGCAAAUGACUCAGAGUUGCGGCUAAUAAAAGAAGAAAGUGCAAAUGUGAAAAAUGCAGUAGGUACUAUCGAAACAAUAAUUAUCGAAAGUAUUUCUGUAGACCUCAUUGAAGAAAAGUCCCAAGGGUUUAGCAUUAUUACAGCAAAUCGAGUUUAUUCAUUUGUAGCAGAAAAAUCAGAGGAGGUUGAGAACUGGGUAAAAGUUUUGGAAAAAAGCAAAGAAAAGCAAUUAGAGGAAGGGACAAGUGUUGCUAUAGAAAAAGGAUGGCUGUUAAAGUUGGCACUAAAAGAACAAGCUCGUGAUAAAAGAAGAUGGUUUGUGCUUAAUAAUAAUUCUUUGGAUUAUUUCAAGUCUCCAGAGAAUAACUCAUCAAGACUUGGCUCUAUACUACUUAACAGUUUAUGCACAGUAAUCCCUCCUCCGCCACCUGAUGAUAUAAAAAGCAAAGAAACAGGUAGAUGGGAAUUUGUUGUAAAUGGUAGAAAACGGUCUUACAAUUUGGUAUGCCCAAGUCAUGAACAGGCUGUACACUGGCAAGUUGCAAUUCAGGAGGUUAUUGAAAAUAAACCACCUGUUGAAACGCCUUUUCAGAAGCUUAUGAAUGAAAUUAUGAACUCAAAAAGUGAAUCAUUAAUUAAUAGAAUUUAUCGUGUUAACCCAUUACUUACAUUCACUAAGCAGCCAUUAAAGAUGCCACUACUGCCAUUGCCAUAUGGUCAUUCACUUGCUUUAAAAGCUCAAAAUAAAGGAUAUGGAACUUUCUAUGAAGAAGCACUUAAAAUAUUUAAAUGUUUACAAGAGUUAGAAAAUGUUGCUGACCCAAUUGCUGUUACACAAGGUAUUCUCCAAACAUGCCAUGAUCUUAACCAGCUGAGAGAUGAGGUUUAUUGUCAGCUAAUUAAACAAACAAGUGGUUUAAUAGAUCCAGAUAAUAUUUCUGCUUUGCGUCAUAUGCAGGUACUUGUUUGUAUGUCUUGUACAUUCUUGCCAUCAAGAAAAGUACUUCGAUUUUUAUUGGCACAUUUGAAACGAGUUCAUGAUGAGUUUACAAAUUCAGAAAUAGCAAAGUUUAGCGAGUUUGCUGCAGAUGCAUUAAAACGAACACGUGUUCGGGAAUAUCCUCCAUCUCGAGGUGAAAUUAUUACACUUUUGGGUAGAAGAAAAAUAAAUGUAUUAGUUCAUUGCUAUGGGGGAGGAUUGUGUCAGAUUUCUAUAGACUCCUCAACAACAAGUGGAGAGGUUGUAAAGAUUUUAUGCAAAGGAAUGGGCAUUGUUCAAGACAAUCUAGCAUUUGCUUUGUUUGAAAAAUGUGGCCCUCACAAUGAAAGAUCUAUUGAAGACAGGGAAAUAGUUGCUGACAUAGUUUCAAAAUUUGAAAAAUUCAAAGCAUUAGAAGUCAACAAGAACAGUCGCAAUAAAUGGAUAUUGUUUUUUAAAAUAUUUUGUUAUUUGCAUCCACAGCAAGUUUCAACCAGUUCAGUAGAGGGGCUGUUUCUUUAUGAGCAGACUUGUGAAUACGUAAUGCGUGGAAGAUAUUUGUUUCCGGAGCUUACAUUAUGCAAGCUGGCUGCUUUGCGUUUGCAAUAUUUAGAAGGAGAUUGCAUUGUUGGAACUUGGAUAGAUAAAGAAAUCAGUACAAUAUUUCCUGUUGGUAAAAUACGAUCAAAAGCAGCUCAAGAAAAAAAACCAACACCAAAAAAAGACUACGGAACCAUUCGUGGAACUAUAAGCAAAGCUAUUUCUUCAUUUAAAGGUGAGGAAGAUAUUGAAGAACGUUCAGAGCAACCUGUUUACGACGUUGAAGAAGAACUUUCUGCUAUAAAAAGUAGCAUUAUGGCUAAAUGGAAAGAGCUCAAGGGUACUGAUCCUGAUGAUGCCUUAGUGGAAUACAUGUCAAUAGUAAAGAAUUGGUAUGGGUUUGGAUCAACAAUGUUUAAUGUCAAGUCAAAAGAAGCUGGAUACCCUCCAAAUCUUUUUCUUGGAGUUGGUUAUAAAAAUGUUGCUUUGUAUAGAAAAGAUGAAACCAGACCUAUCCAGACUUACAACUAUGAAGAAAUUUCAUCGUUUGGAGCACCUAAGUCCAACGUAUACCGUAUCGUUAUAGACGGAAGAAGUCCUAUUCAAUUUGAAACAGAAAUGGUCUUAGAGAUUGCAAAACUUAUGAAAGCAUAUAUAAACGAAAUUGUUAAAAAAGCUGUUCAAAAUAGUGAAGUGCUAAGAGACACAUUAAAACCAAUAGAAAACUAGAGGCUCAAUCUUCAAAAUAUUUUUCCGAUGAACGUAGUUUUUAAAGUAAUUGCGGUAUUUUAUUUUAAUUAAAGUGAAAAUCUUUUUUUACAUAUAUAAAUAAAUAAAUUUUAAAUAUUUGAUUAAACAUUUAA